UUUGGGGUCUCUAAUUAAUGGAAAAAUCGGGAUUUGAGGGUCUCUAAUUAAUGGAAAAAUUGGGAAUUUGGAGUCUUUAAUUCCUGGGAAUAUUGGAGAUUUUUUUGGUCUUUAAUCAAUGGUAGAAUCAGGAUUUUGGGGUCUUUAAUUCCAGGAAUAUUUGGGGAUUUGGGGUCGUUAAUUUGUGGAAAAAUUGGGGAUUUGGCGUCUUUAAUUAAUGGAAAAAUUGGGGGAUUUGGGGGUCAUUAAUUCGUGGAAAAAUCGGGAUUUGGGGGUAAUUAAUUCCUGGGGAAAAUCAGGAUUUUGGGGUCUUUAAUUCCUGAAAAAAAUGAGGAUUUUGGGGUCUUUAAUUAAAGGAAAAAUUGGGGAUUUGGGGUCUUUUAUUCCUGGAAAAUUUGGGAUUUUGGAGUCUUUAAUUUGCGGAAAAAUUGGGAAUUGUGGGUCCUUUAAUUCCUGGAAUUUUUUGGGGGCUGGAAUUUUAAGGUCUGGAAUUAUUUGGGGGCUGAAUUUGAAUUUUUUGGGAUUUUGCAGGCGAUGGAUCCGUGGGGAGAGGAGGAAGAGGAGGAGGAGGAGGCGGAGCCGGAGGUGAUUUUUGGGGAUGAGGGGGAGGAAGAUCCCGACGACCCCAACGGAAUCCAGGGAACGCCCGGCUCCAACGCGACCUCGGCGGCCGCUCCGGAAAUGGCGGCGUUGGAUCCCGGCGCCCUCUUCGCCAACCCCGACCUUCCGGAGCGCGAAACUUUCCGCUGGACCGUGGUGCAACAGAUCGACCCCGGCGCGUCGUCGAAGAGCGGCAAAAGAAGCCCCAAAUCCCAAAGUUUCUCCAACUUCAAGAGCAUCAUCGUCCUCCAGAAGAGCUACGAGUGCCCGGAGUGCGGCAAAACCUUCAGCUGCAGCUCCCACUUCUCCAAGCACCGCCGGACGCACACCGGGGAGAAACCCUUCCGGUGUUUCCACUGCGGCAAGAGCUUCAACGUCUCUUCCAACCUCUACCGGCACCAACGCGGCCACGGCGGCGCCGAGGCGGCGCCGGAGAAACGCCGCGGGCCGGCCUACGAGUGCCGGGAGUGCGGGAAGAGCUUCCGGCGGAACAAAGAGUUGGCCACCCAUCAGCGGCUCCACACCGGGAAUUUGCCGUUCCAGUGCGCCGACUGCGGGAAGAGUUUCUCCUGGAGCUCCCACUGGCUCCGGCACCAACGCAUCCACACCGGCGAGAAACCCUACGAGUGCCCCGAGUGCGGGAAGAGCUUCUCGAGGAGCUCCCACCUCUACCGGCACCAGCGCGGCCACGCCGGCGGGCGCUCGUACAUCUGCACCUACUGCGGGCGGAGUUUCGGCAGCAUCCUCCAUUUCGAGCGGCACCAGCGGACGCACAGCGGCGUGAGGCCCUACAAGUGCUCGCUGUGCCGGAAGAGCUUCGGCGACGCGCCGGCGUUGGUGAAGCACCAACGGAUCCACCUCGGCGAGGGCCCCUUCCGCUGCGAGGAGUGCGGCAAAGCCUUCGGCGCCCGCUCGCAGUACGCGCGGCACCGGCGGAGUUUCCACGGCGGUCCCGGCGCCGAGAAGCCGUAUCGGUGCGGGGAUUGCGGGAAGAGUUUCUCCUGGAGCUCCCACUGGGAGAGGCACCAACGGAUUCACACCGGCGAGAAGCCCUACGAGUGCGCCGAGUGCGGGAAGAGCUUCGGGAGGACGUCGCACCUCUACCGGCACCAGCGGACGCACGCCGGCGGUCGGCCCCACGUCUGCGGCGAGUGCGGGAAGAGUUUUAAUUCCACGCUCCACUUCCAGAAGCAUCAGCGGGCGCACGGCGCCGGGGCCCGGAAGAGUUGCGGCGAGUGCGGGAAGUCGUUCUCGGAUCCGUCGGCGUUGGCCAAGCAUCAGCGCAUCCACACCGGGGAGAGGCCGCACCGCUGCGGCGACUGCGGCAAGGGCUUCAUCCAGCGCUCCGACCUGGAGCGGCACCGGCGCGUCCACACCGGCGAGCGGCCCUACGCCUGCGGCGACUGCGGGAAACGCUUCAGUGUCAGCUCCCACCUGGACCGGCACCGCCGCACUCACGCCGGCGGGCCGGGGCCGCCAGAGCAGCCCCGCGCCAAAACCAAAACGCCGGCAGCGGAAUCGGCGCCGCAUCGCUGCCAGGAGUGCGGGAAGAGCUUCGGGCAGCGCUCGGCGCUGGCGAAACACCGCAAGACGCACACGGGCGAGCGGCCGCACCGCUGCGGCGACUGCGGCAAGAGCUUCAGCCGCGGCUCCAACCUGACGCAGCACCGGCGCAUCCACACCGGCGAGCGCCCCUUCGCCUGCGGCGACUGCGGCAAGAGCUUCAGCCGCGGCUCCAACCUGACGCAGCACCGGCGCAUCCACACCGGCGAGCGCCCCUUCGCCUGCGGCGACUGCGGCAAGCGCUUCAGCGUCAGCUCGCACCUGGACCGGCACCGGAAGAUCCACGCGGCCGAACGCGCCUCGUACCGGUGCCCGGAGCACCUGGCCGGGUUUUUGGCGGCUCACCGGCACGGGAGGCUCUUCCAGUGCGGGCAGUGCGGGCGGUGUUUCGGGCAAGGCGCGGCGCUGUUGAAGCAUCAGCGCUCUCACGGCGCCGGCGGUGCCGGCGGCUCGGCGGCGCCGAAAUGCCUGGAUUGCGGGAAAAACCGGGCGUUGUGCCAGGAUUGCGGCCGCCAGCCGGAAACGGCGGCGGCGGCGGCGGCGGAGAAACCCUACAAGUGCGCGGAGUGCGGGAAAAGCUUCGGGCAGCGCUCGGCGCUGGUGAAACACCGGCGCAUCCACACCGGCGAGAAACCCUACAAGUGCCCCGAGUGCUCCAAGGGCUUCAUCCAAAAAUCCGACCUCACCAAGCACCGGCGGAUGCACACCGGGGAGAAGCCGUACGAGUGCCGCGAGUGCGGGAAGCGCUUCAGCGUCUCCUCCAACCUCCUGACCCACCAGAGGACCCAUCUUGGAGAGAAACCCUUCCAGUGCUCCGAGUGCGGCAAGAGCUUCAUCCAGCGCUCCGAGCUCACCAUCCACCGGCGCGUCCACACCGGCGAGAAGCCCUACAAGUGCCGCGAGUGCGGGAAGUGCUUCAGCCGCAGCUCUUUGGUGACGCACCAAAAGCGGCAUUUGGGGGAAAAUCCCUACAAAUGUCCCGAUUGCGGGAAAUCCUUCAGCGUGGGCUCGGCGUUCAUCCAGCACCGGCGGAUCCACGCCGGCGCGGCGCCGUGCCGCUGCGGGGUUUGCGGGAAGAGCUUCCCGGUGAGUUCGGGGUUGGUGAAGCACCAAAAGGUUCACGCGGAGGAGAAACCCUACAAAUGCGGCGAUUGCGGCAAGGGGUUCAACUGGAAUUCCCACCUGGAGCGCCACCGGAGGAUUCACACCGGGGAGAAACCCUACGAGUGCCGGGAGUGCGGGAAGAGCUUUUCCUGGAGCUCCCACCUGGACCGGCACCGGCGAAUCCACAUGGGCGAGAAACCCUUCCGCUGCGGCAGCUGCGGGAAGAGUUUUUCCCAAAGCUCCCACCUGGAGCGGCACCGGAAAAUCCACCGGGAGCCGUGCCGGGAAUGCGGGAAGAACGAGGGGAGGAAAGAAGGGAAAAGCUUCCAAAAACGCUGCCGGGUUUCGGGAGGGGAGGAGGGAUGCGGCGAGUGCGGGAAGAAUUCGGGUUCGGCGCCGGAUUUGGGGGCGAAUCUGAAGGAUCAAGGCACCCAAACCGGCGAGAAACCUUUUGUGUGCCCCGAGUGCGGCAAAAGCUUCGGGCAGAACUCGGCGCUGGCCAAGCACCGGCGGGUGCACACGGGUGAGAAGCCCUACAAGUGCGCGGAGUGCGGGAAGAGCUUCGGCGUGCGCUCCAACCUCAUCAAGCACCAGCGCACGCACCUCGGCGAGAAACCCUACAAGUGCCCCGAGUGCUCCAAGGGCUUCAUCCAAAAAUCCGACCUCACCAUCCACCGGCGGAUGCACACCGGGGAGAAGCCGUACGAGUGCCGCGAGUGCGGGAAGCGCUUCAGCGUCUCCUCCAACCUCCUGACCCACCAGAGGACCCAUCUCGGAGAGAAACCCUUCCAGUGCUCCGAGUGCGGCAAGAGCUUCAUCCAGCGCUCCGAGCUCACCAUCCACCGGCGCGUCCACACCGGCGAGAAGCCCUACAAGUGCCGCGAGUGCGGGAAGUGCUUCAGCCGCAGCUCGCACCUCAACCGGCACCGCCGCACCCACGGCAAAGCCGCCGCCGCCGCCUCCUUCCCUCCUUCCUCCCCUCCUUCCUCCUCCUCCUCCUUCCCUCCUUCCUCCUCCUUCCCUCCUUCUUCUUCCUCCUCCUUCUCUUCUUCUUCCUCC